UAUUUGAAAAAUCCGAACUACCCAUGAACCACUGCUUGGCGGUGUGAAUCGUUGUGAAUCGCAGAAGGCACUGAGAUGAGAAAUUAUCUUAAAGCAACGUACAGCAGCGGUUAGGUCUUAACCACAGGAAACAACAUUCAUCCACGGAGCAGAGCCACCAGUGUGUAUCCAAUGGGACGAACGAAGGUGAGAAAAACAUCAUUCUCCAACUGUCCCAAGAUUACAACCACGUUGUCAUCCAACAUGAACGUAAAACUCGGAACGCACAACGCUAGAAUGGACACCGAACAGUCCUCCGGCAGCUCGUUACGAUUGAACGGAUACGUUGGGAAUCACACCUCGAAUACCACCGUCUGGAGCCUUCCGGUUAGAAUAUCAAAUCUGCGUCCAGAACAUCACCCGCCGGAUCCGAACCCGUUGCGCUCACAUAUGCGCUACUUCGGUCAGCAAGUGUUCCAAAGCGAUGUUGCUUGCGGCAGCAGCAGCAGCAGCAAAAGGACAUUAAACGGUACGAAAUACAAGUACACGUUCGAUGUUUUAAACGACAUCCGGCAGCACAUGUAUUUCGCGCCGCAACGCAACGAACGUACCAGAAGCUACGGCGAACGCGUGCCCGAGAAGCGAGCGGAGUCUGACCGAUCGCAUCAUACGUUCGCCAAUCUGCUUCGUUACUAUGGUUAUCACAACAAUUGGCUGAUGUUCAAGUUUGGCCACACCUACCAGAAAGAGUCGAUGUACCGACGCAAAAACGAACUAUGGACGCAACAGGUGCGUGGUGAGCCGGAUGUCGCUCGGCGCAGUUUGGGACCGGAGCAUGCUCAAGGGCAUGCAGCACUGCCACAGCUGCAUCCCAUACGCCCGGAGCAUACGGAGCAGAAGAACAUUUGUGGUCCACCAAAAAACAAUGGCAACUUGCAAGAUUACGGCAAGUCCAGCUGCCCGACCAGCGACAACAACACGCCAAACGGAAGUCUCGAAAGCGAAGGCACAUCAACCAGCACUGAAAGUCGAGCUUCAAGCAGCGACCAGUGCCCAGAUACUACUCCGCUCGAAACAACCACCACCGUACCUUCCGAUGUCCAGACCACUGUCGAAGAUCCACUGUCGAAGAGCAUUUGGCACAUGUUUCUCGCUAACAAGCAAUCGGAGAGUACGUUUGCGAGAAAGAUGCGCCUGUGGGAAACGCUCUACCAUCACUUCCAGCGUAUGGCUUCCUGGUUGCCAAAGUACGAGCUUUACCUGAUGGGCAGCACCAUUUCCGGGUUCGGCACGGAUACUUCCGACAUGGACAUGUGCAUUGUAGACAUCGACGGGCCGAGGUACUGUGAUGCGCGCACCGAAGCACUGAACAAUCUGCUGCGGGUGAAAAGCUUCAUCGAAACGAUGUCCACAUCCAGCUGCUUUGAGCGUCUUCUGCUGAUAAGGGCCAAGGUGCCAAUUCUACGGUUUCGCCAUGUGAAGGAAAACAUCGAUAUCGAUCUGAGCAUUAACAAUCGGGUCGGGAUACGCAAUACGCAUUUGCUUCACUGCUAUGCUCAAUUGGACUUGCGUGUACGGCCCUUGGUUAUGGUGAUAAAGCUGUGGGCACAACAUCACAACCUGAACGAUCCGAAAAACUCCACCAUGUCCAGCUACUCGCUUGUCCUGAUGGUGCUCAACUUCCUGCAGUGCGGUGUCACGCCGUCGGUCGUACCGUGUCUGCACAGUGUUUAUCCGGAAAAGUUUGCCCAAGACGAUUAUAACAGCAAUUUGCUCGAACGCAUCGACCCUUACCGAUCGGACAACAAGGACACGCUCGGCGAACUGUUGCUCAAGUUUUUCAAAUACUAUGCCGAAUUUGAUUACGCUAUCUAUGCUAUUUCGGUACGAACGGGUACGAUUCUACCGAUAUCCGAAUGCAAAUGGAGCGGCAGCGAAAACCAUCGAAUCCGCGGCUAUUUGUUUAUCGAAGAACCAUUCAAUCGCACCAACACCGGAAAAUCGGUUCACAAACGGUUUGUGUUCGAACGGAUAAGAGGCGCCUUUGCUGCGUCCUGGAAAAUGUUGGAGGAGCACGACAACUUGAGCAUCCUGUUUCGGGAACCGCUCUUUACAUCCUCUUCGAUACCAACCACAACUAGCUAUUUCUAAACGUGCCAGCACUUCGCGAAGAGGGGAGUAACGCAAAAGAAAAGAAAAAAAACUGUACAAAAAAAGACUAAAAGAAGAAAAAAGCGAAAACCUAUGACACUUAUCACAAGUAUUGUGGGUUUUUACAAAAAUAGGUUUACAGAACUGUAUCUAUUUUAAACACACACACACAUUCUUUCUAGUACAAAUAAAAUAGGUUAUAAUGCACCUGCAGCUAA